ACGUCGCCCGAGUAACGUGAGGAGCGUGGACAGCCACAGUCCCCGUCGUGCCCGCACCGGUCUCAUCCCCGGACUGACGGACGGACGGGGAGAGGUGUGGGGCGACCGACCGGCACCAUGGAGCUCAUCUGCCGGCUGCACCUUGCAAGCCGGAAGCGUGCACUUCCGCGAUAAAUGGCCACCAUGGAGCUGAGAUAACCGCUUCCUCUUUUCCCCACCAAUCACGGCUCUGGACCGAGUGCAUAACCAUGGGAACGUGGCGCGGCCUGCGGGUGGCGUUCGCCCUGGGCUCUCUGUUGAUGAUCCUGCUGAUCAUCGUCUACUGGGACGACGUCGGGGGCUUCAACCUCCACCCGCUGCAGGAGCCCAGGCGCGGGUCGCCUCGCCCCCGGCCCACCGCCGGAGCCCCGGUCGGCUCCCCCCCCUCCUCCUUCCCCGUCGUCCCCACCGCUGCUCCCAGUGCGACGCCGGCGCUUGAGGAGAGAGGCGGAGCGGCCGAGGCGCACACAGGGCGCGGGGGGAGGGCAAGACAAGUAGAGAGGACGGAGGAAACGAGGGGUGAUGCUGAGGGCGAUAGGGAACAGGAGGCGAGGAAGCAGAGGAUAAUGGACGUGUGUUCGGGGCAGGACGCUGUGGAAUUCCCCGGAAGGACUCGGGCAUUCGAGCAGAUCCCAAACAGGGAACUGGAUCACCUGAUAGUGGAUGAUACUCACCAGAUUAUCUACUGCUACGUCCCCAAGGUGGCGUGCACCAACUGGAAGCGAGUGAUGGUGGUCCUGUCCCAGUCUCUGAUCUCGCCGUCCUCGGGGAAACCGUACACUGACCCGGAGGCUGUGCCUCCUGACCUCGUGCACAACUCCUCUCUGCACCUCACUUUUGCCAAGUUUUGGCGCCAUUACGGUUCUCUGUCCCGCCACCUGAUGGCACUCAAGCUCCAGCACUACACCAAGUUUCUGUUUGUGCGAGACCCGUUUGUGCGUCUCAUCUCGGCCUUCAGGAACAAAUUUGGAAGGCCCAACGAGGACUUCUACAAGCAGUUCGGCUCCGUCAUGCUGCGGCGCUUCGGCAACGCGUCCGGCGGCCUGCCGGAGACGGCGGCCGAGGCCUUUGCGGCGGGGAUCAAGCCGACGUUCCGGCAGUUCAUCGCCUACCUGCUGGACCCCGAGACCGAGAGCGAGAGCGUCUUCAACGAACACUGGCGGCAGGUGUACCGCCUGUGCCACCCGUGCCAGGUGAAGUAUGACUUCGUUGGACGACUGGAGACCCUGGAAACAGACGCGCAGCGCCUGCUGAGGCUCCUGGAGGUGGACGGCCUGCUGCGCUUCCCGUCGGGGGCCCGGAACCGCACCGCGGCCAGCUGGGAGAGAGACUGGUUCGCCCAGAUCCCCGAGACCAUGAGGAGGGAACUGUACGAGCUGUACGAGCCGGACUUCGAGAUGUUCGGGUAUCCAAAACCGGACGGCACGCUCCACCAGUAGACGGCGGCGAGCCAGAGGGCUGUGUGCACAGAGCCCACGCACCCCCCCCCCCCCCCCCCCCCGCCAGACCACCUGCCCCCGAGCCGGGCGGAGGCCUUUGAAGACCCGUCUGUGUUGCUGUUGGUCUAAUUGGCUUCGUGGCACACCUCGAAUGACGGAAGUGCCUGCCAGUGUAGUUGCACUUUUGGCAUCUUUUCAUACGAGCUGCGUUACCCCAGGCUGUUGUCCCCCAUGUAAAGGCACUUUGGAUAGUAUUUUGUUAUUAGUAUUUUGGUAAAUGGGGAAAAGGGACUAUAGCCGUGGACUGACAUCUCUGUGAAGGGAAAUAUGAUGCAGAGAAAUAAAGUCGUCUUGUUCAUGUGA